CCGUUACAUCGUGUGAUGAAACCUUCCGGGAGAGAGGUGGAGUUGGCAGCCCCGCCGCAGGGGGGUGAUGCAGCCUGGGCCUGCCCCGGUCUGAAACGGGGAGGGAAAACGCAGAGCAGACAGUCAUUUGUGAGGAAACAGAAAGAAAAGGCAGGAAUGGCAGCCGCAUUCUUCACUCUGCAACCUGUGGAUCAGUCAGCAGUGCUGAUGAAGACACUACUGUUGUUAAGUGUUUUGAGUAUUGCAGGGUCUGUGAGCAGCGACCACCACAGUGGAACUAGUGAGACAGACCAUACGGCCUCUGGUAAUGGAAGCAAACUGUUUCCUUGGGAUAAAAUGAGGCUUCCCAAGCAUGUCACCCCAGUGCAUUAUGAUCUACUCAUCCACCCUAAUCUCACCACUCUGACGUUUACUGGCUUUGCCAACAUACAAGUUACAGUAAACCAACAAACCACUUCAAUCAUCUUGCACAGCAAGCACCUGCAGAUUACCAAAGCCACCAUCCAAGGAGGAAAAGGAAAUAGUCAUGCAGAAACAGAAGUGAUGGUUUGGAAACACCCCCCAUUUGAACAGAUUGCACUCCUUGCUUCUGAACCACUGCAAGUUGGACAAAAUUAUACAGUCCACAUCGAGUAUUCAGCCAAUCUAUCAGAGAGUUUCCAUGGCUUUUAUAAAAGUAGUUACAGAACUCAGGAAGGAGAAGUGAGAGUACUUGCCAUAACACAGUUUGAACCAACAGCUGCACGUAUGGCCUUCCCAUGUUUUGAUGAACCAUCCUUCAAAGCCCAAUUUUCAGUUAAGAUUAGGAGAGAACCAAAGCACCUUGCACUAUCUAAUAUGCCAAUAGUGAGAUCUGUGAAUAUUUCGAAAUGGCUUGUUGAGGACCAUUUUGAUGUUAGUGUAAAGAUGAGUACUUAUCUUGUGGCCUUUAUAGUUUCGGAUUUUAAAUCAGUCAGUAAGAUGACCCGUCAUGGAAUUAAGAUUUCCAUCUACGCUGUGCCUGACAAAAUCAACCAAGCUGAUUAUGCCUUGGAUGCAGCAGUGAAACUUUUAGACUUCUAUGAAGAUUACUUUAGCAUUCCAUACCCCUUACCCAAACAAGACCUAGCUGCUAUUCCUGAUUUUCAGUCUGGUGCUAUGGAAAAUUGGGGAUUGACUACAUACAGGGAAUCUGCUUUGUUAUAUGACUCUGAAAAAUCUUCAGCAUCAAGUAAACUCUGGAUUACAAUGAUCAUAGCCCAUGAGCUAGCUCACCAGUGGUUUGGAAACCUAGUUACUAUGGAAUGGUGGGAUGAUCUUUGGCUAAAUGAAGGGUUUGCAAAGUUUAUGGAAUAUGUGUCAGUCAGUGUUACCCAUCCAGAACUGAAAGUUGAAGAUUAUUUUUUAGGCAAGUGUUUUGAUGCCAUGGAGGUGGAUGCAUUGAAUUCUUCACAUCCUAUAUCUACUCCUGUGGAAGAUCCAGCUCAAAUUCUAGAAAUGUUUGAUGAUGUUUCCUAUGAGAAGGGAGCUUGCAUUCUGAACAUGCUGUGGAAUUACCUGACUGCAGAUGUGUUUAAAGCUGGUAUUGUACAAUAUCUCCGGAAUUACAGCUAUCGGAAUACAAAAAAUGAAGAUUUGUGGAAUAGUCUGACAAAUAUUUGUCCUGUAGAUGGCACCCAUGAAAGCCAACUUCAAAGUGACGGCUUUUGCACCAGAAACCAGCAGACAUCUUCAAGUUCACACUGGACAAGAAGAGAGACCCUUGAGGUUGGGACAAUGAUGAACACUUGGACAUUACAAAAGGGCUUUCCAUUAAUAACUGUCAUGGCAAAAGGAAAGAAUGUCUAUCUGCGGCAAGAACAUUAUAUGAAGGGAUCUCAUUCUUCUCCACCAACAGGGUAUUUGUGGCAUGUUCCAUUAACAUAUAUUACCAGUAAAUCUGACACCGUUCAAAGAUUUUUGCUGACAACUAAAACAGAUGUCCUCAUCCUCCCUGAAGAAGUGGAAUGGAUAAAAUUCAAUGUGGGGAUGAAUGGAUAUUACAUUAUGCACUAUGAAGAUGAUGGAUGGGAUAAUCUGAUUAGCCUUUUAAAAGAAAACCACACAGCAAUUAGCAGCAAUGAUAGAGCAAGUCUCAUUAACAAUGUAUUCCAGCUUGUGAGCAUUGGAAAACUGUCGAUUUCCAAAGCUCUUGAUUUAACUUUGUACUUAAACCACGAAUCCCAAAUUAUGCCUGUAUUCCAAGGUAUGAAUGAGCUGAUUCCUAUGUAUAAGCUCAUGGAGAAGAGGGACAUGCAUGACGUAGAAAACCAGUUAAAGGAGUACAUAGUCAACGUAUUUAAAAACCUAAUUGAUAAACAGUCCUGGAAUGAUGAAGGCUCAGUCUCUGAACGAUUGCUUCGUAAUUCCCUCCUCCUGUUUGCUUGUGCACGCAAAUACCAACCAUGUGUGGACAAAGCAGAAGAAUAUUUUAUGAAGUGGAAGGAAUCUGAUGGAACUUUACGUUUACCCAAUGAUGUUAAGGCAGCAGUGUAUGCUGUUGGAGCACAGACAGUUGAAGGUUGGGACUUCCUCUUUAGUAAAUACAGGCUGCCUUCAUUCAACACUGAGAAAAACAAGAUUGAAGUUGCUCUCAGUAUUAGCAGAAAUAAAGAAAAACUUCAGUGGUUAAUGGAUCAAGGUUUGUUGGGUGAUAUAGUAAAAACCCAGGAUCUUCCACAUAUCGUAGUGUUUGUUGCCAAGAACCCAUCUGGUUAUCACCUAGCUUGGAAGUUUCUGAAGGAAAAUUGGAAUAAGCUUGCACAAAAGUUUGAACUUGGCUCGCACUCCAUAGCGGGGAUGGUAAUUGGAGUGACAAACCAAUACUCUACAAGAGAACAGCUUGCACAGAAACCAUCCACAGGCUGCCCUCAUUUAAACCAAAAGGCUGACAUUACAAUACCGUAGCUUUGGGCUGCUGCUCCUUGAACAUGGUCAGAAUGGAUAAAAAAGCUUCUUAACAGCCAAAUGCCACAAUGAAGUAAAAGUGGCCUCUCAGAAAGCAGCCUGAACUGGCUGUAGCCAGAUAUGGGUUUUUUGUUUAUAAACUUAAAUAUGCUGAAGAGGAUAUGGUAUCAUGGGUUCCUGAACACCAUAUGUAAAAUGGAAGUGGGCAUUCAACAAUGUACUGUGAAUAGAAGUCUACAGUUAUCUUUGAAUGUUGUUCUAAUUUCUGUGUACAAACAUGGAAGAUGCCGAAUUUCAGCCGAUUUUGGAUUUUAAACUUCAUUGCAGAACUACAAGGAAGUUUUGUUGGUUUUUU